UUCAAACUUGACUUUGAAGAGAAGUCAGCAGCAGUGGUCUUGUGUGCUCUGCUCUGAGUGCAGGAAGCUGAGCAAGGAGCAUGGGCAAGUUGGAAAACCACGAUGUGAAUGCAGUGACCUAUGAUGACGUGCAUGUCAACUUCACUUUGGAAGAAUGGGCUUUGCUGGAUCCUUCCCAGAAGAAUCUCUACAAAGAUGUGAUGGAGGAGACCUACAGGAAUCUCACUACUAUAGGAUACAGUUGGGAAGACCAUAAUAUUGAAGAAGAUUGUCAAAGUUCUAGAAGACAUGAAAGGUGAUUUUCAUGUAUAACCUGAUAAAAUGUACCUCUGAAGAAUUUGUAAUAUAUCCUAUAUGUUUGAAAGAAAAGCAAUAGUGUCAAUAAUAAAGUGCAUCAAUGUUUAUUAAA